GUUCCAAGCUGAGCCCAUGACCCUGAUAACCUGCCUGCACACAUACCUUCCACUCACUCCACCCUAUGCCCACUUUUCUAUCAGGGAGGGGGCACAGGGCCAGACAGACCGGCAGGGCUUUGGCUCCAUCUCUACAAAAGGGCCUUCUGUGAGCCAGUCUGCUCCCCUCCAGGCUUGCUCCUCCCCCAUCCAGCUCCUGUUUCUGAUGCACGUACAGCCCGUAUGCAGUGUGUCCCAGGACACCCCACAGUCAGUCGCAUGGCUCCCCUGUGCCCCAGCCCCUGGCUCCCUAUGUUGAUCCCGGCCCCUGCCCCAGGCCCCGCUGUGCAAUUGCUCUUGUUACUCCUCCUCCUGGUGCCUGCCCAUCCCCAGAGCCUGCUCUGGAUGCAGGGGGCUCCCACCACAGGAGGAGAUUCAUCUGGGGAAAACGGUCCACUGGGUGAGGAGGACCUGCCCAGUGAAGAGGAUAUACCUGGAGAGGAGGACCAACCUGGAGAGUUGGAUCCACCUGGAAUGACGACCGAAGCAGGAGAAGAGGAUUCUCUGAAGUUAGAGGAUCUACCUACUGUUGAGACUCCCAGGGAUACUCAAGGCCCUCAGAAUAAUGCCCACAGAGACAAAAAAGGGGAUGACCACAGUCAUUGGCGUUAUGGAGGCGCUCCGCCAUGGCCCCAGGUGUCCCCCGCCUGCGCUGGCCGUUUUCAAUCCCCGGUAGAUAUCCGUCCAGAGCUCACCGCGUUUUGCCCAGCCCUGCGACCCCUGGAACUCCUUGGCUUUGAGCUCCCGCCACAACCAGAACUGCGCCUGCGCAACAAUGGCCACACCGUGCAGCUGAGUCUGCCUCCCGGGCUGGAGAUGGCCCUGGGUCCCGGGCAGGAGUACCGGGCCCUGCAGUUGCAUCUGCACUGGGGGGCUGCGGGUCGCCCGGGCUCGGAGCACACGGUUGGCGGUCACCGUUUCUCUGCCGAGGUGAGCGCGCAGCUGUCCGCGGAGGGUCGAAGUGGGGCGCGGGGUAGGGGAUCUCGCCCACUCCUACCGUGUCCUCUCCAGAUCCAUGUGGUUCACCUCAGCACUGCAUUUGCCAAAGCUGACGAGGCCUUGGGGCGCCCGGGGGGCUUGGCCGUGCUGGCCGCCUUUCUGCAGGAAGGCCCCGAAGAAAACAGCGCCUACGAGCAGUUGCUGUCGCAUUUGGGAGAAAUCGCCGAGGAAGACUCUGAGACUUGGGUCCCAGGACUGGAUGUAUCUGCACUGCUGCCCUCUGACCUCAGCCGCUACUUCCGAUACGAGGGGUCUCUCACCACACCCCCCUGUGCCCAGGGAGUCAUCUGGACUGUGUUCAACCAGACAGUAAAGCUGAGUGCUAAGCAGCUCCACGCCCUCUCUGACUCCCUGUGGGGACCUGAUGACUCUCGGCUACAGCUGAACUUCCGAGCUACACAGCCUUUGAAUGGGCGAAUAAUUGAGGCCUCCUUCCCCGCUGGAGUGGACAGCAGCCCUGGGACCGUUGAGCCAGGUGCAGCUUUGUCUACUGAUGCCAUGCCCUCUGCCCCCAGCCACAGUCCACCUGAAUUCCUGUCUCGCUGCUGGAGACAUCCUGGCCCUGGUUUUUGGCCUUCUCUUUGCUGUUACCAGCAUCGCCUUCCUUGUGCAAAUGAGAAGGCAGCAAAGACACCCAAGUGGGACCAAAGGAAGUGUCAGCUACCACCCGGCAGAGGUCACGGAGACUGUUGCCUAGAGGCCUGCAACUUGGAGAAUGUGCAGAAAUGCUGGCCAGAGGAAUCUGAGGGGGAGCUGGAGACUUUGUCCUGCCCAUUACACUACUUCCUUUUAAACCUCCAAAGAUAUUUUUUUAAAAUAAAUAUUUCUAAUAAAAUCUGUGGAAGGCGUAUCCUUGUUCCCCAAAUCAACAGGCUGGUGUAUUCAUUUCCUAUUGCUGCUGUAACAAAUUACCACAAACAGUGGUAAUGGAAAUUUAUUCUCUUAAGAGUUCUAGAGGUCAGAUGUUCAAAAUGAAUCUUAUGGGCUAAAGUCAAGGUGUCGGCAGGGCUGGUUCCUUCUGGACACUCCUGAGGAGAGGAUAUUUUCUUGCCUUUUUCAGUUUCUAGAAGCCAAGAAUUCCUUGGCUUGUGGCCCCUUCCUUGCAUCACUCCAAUCUCUUGCUUCCAUUGUCACAUCUCCUACAACUGCUUUUAACCUUCUUGCCACCCUCUUAUAAGGACCCUUGUGAUUAUGUUGGGCCUACCCAGUUAGCCUAGAAUAACCUCCCCAUCUCAAAAUCCUUAGCUUAACUAAAGUCCCCUUCCCAUGUAAGGUGACAUUUCACAGGAUUAGGGUAUGGACAUCUUUGGUGGGGGGACAUGAUUCUGCCUCAUGUAGAUGUUAUCAGGAAGCAGGGAGAAACGACUGAUAUUGUUGGAAUGACUGUGUGUGUGGGCAGGCUUGGUCUCUAGGCUUAAAAGCACACUGAGCCUUUUGGGUUUUCGCCCUGCUCAAGUAAAACCUAUGUAGCUUUGCAGUUUUGCCUUCCAGUCGUGCUGUCUGGCCCAGCCGCUUGCUGGAAUGGGGCAGUGCUGCUGACAGCAGCUCCUUUGCUCUGUGGGGAGUAAGGGCCAGAUGUUGCCCUGGCCCUGCCUGGCUUCUCUGCUUCACACAGCCUGUUCAAAACCCCUCCUCAGUGAGCCCAGUGCCCCACCCCUCUGGCUCACUCAGGGGUCCUUCCAACUCCACUCUUCCCCUGGGGCAUCCUUUCCACCUUCUCCACUUUGGAAAACCACCACCACCAUCCCCAACACCCAAGAAAGGCUUAAAGGGCCCCGUGAUGCUGGUAACAUCAGUUUUAUUCGGUGGCAACUAUAGCCUGGCUGGGGGCAGGGCCAGCCCUCACAGGUUGUUGAGCUCCAGCAGGGUCUGGUCGAGGGUCUGGUGGAUCUCCACGUUCUCCUCCUUGGCACUGGCCAAGGUCUCUGUGAGGGGAAGCAACCCGUGAGGUUGUGGGGGGGAGAAACGUGGGGAGGCACGGACAGGGGAUGUGACAAAUAGACAUGGAGUGGGUUGGAGGCACAGGAAGACCCAAACAUUCAGUGAUCUGAGGACCCUGUGGGUGGGACGAAUGGAUGGACUGAACAAGGCAGACAGGGAUGCCUCACUCAAGGCUUUGGGGCCAUGGAGGUGGGAUGGGAAGGCCUGAGUCAUAAACUAAUUUACCCUCCUUCUUUAAAAGGUUGAA